CUCCGGACAGGAUACUGUCACCCGGAAGUUUCUAAUGGAUGAUGUUGGCGAUUACAGCGCGCUGAUUUGCUUGUCACUGAAGCGAGAGCAGGAUGUGAGCUGUCGGAAUCCCCAUCAGUGUCCUCCAGCAUGAAGAGGAGAAGCGCUUGACGGGAUCUCGGUGAAGGUAGUGUGAUCUCGGCAGGAUGCUCCGGCUGUUCGCGGCUCUGGUGACUGUUGGGCUGCUGCUCGCCUGCUUCACUUCCUGGCUGGUUGACAGCUAUGACAGCUCCCGGCACCCAAAGCGCAGUCUACACCCGUCCAGAGACACCGGCCCCCCGUACCCCGGCGGCCAGCGGGACAGGGUGUUCUGGUUUGUGCAGGUUUCUGACAUCCAUAUCAGUCGUUUCCGCGAUCCCAGGCGCAUUCCAGACUUCGAGAAGUUCUGUAGUGACACUAUUGAUGUGAUCAAACCUGACCUCGUGCUGGCCACAGGGGACUUAACAGAUGCAAAGACUGAGAAUAAAAUGGGCUCUCUUCAGCAUGAAGUGGAGUGGCAGGCCUACCACAACGUCCUGAAAAGAUCGCGAGUGCUGGAACGAACUAAAUGGAUUGACAUUCGAGGAAACCAUGAUGCCUUUAAUAUUAUUUCACUGGAGAGCGUGAACAAUUAUUACAGGAAAUACUCUGCCAAUCAGAAAGUUGGAUCCUUCCACUACAUACACAGAACUCCUUUUGGGAACUACUCUUUCAUUUGUGCCGAUGCCACUCUGACCCCUGGACCCAAACGACCCUAUAACUUCUAUGGAAUUAUCAAUCAGACUCAGAUGGACAUGUUGGCGACCUUUAGAGAGGAGAGUCUGAGUAGUAACAACUCCAUCUGGUUUGGACAUUAUACCACUUCCACUGUCAUCUCCCCCUUCCCAGGAAUCCGAGAGCUCAUGAGUACAGCCGUGGCGUAUUUGUGUGGGCACCUACAUACACUAGGAGGCUUCAUGCCGGUCCUGCACAGUCGACAUCAAGGAGGCACGCUGGAGUUAGAGCUGGGAGACUGGAUGGACAACCGCAGGUACAGGAUAUUGGCUUUCGACCAUGACCUGCUUAGUUUCACUGACAUGACGUUUGAGGACUGGCCAGCUGUGCUCAUCACCAAUCCCAAAGACGCCCAGUACCUGCACCCAGGAGUGGAGCCUCUGGCUCGUAUCCGCAGGUCCACGCACAUCAGGCUCCUGGCUUUCUCUGAAUCUCCAAUCACAGCUGUGCAUGUGAAUGUGGAUGGAGUUUCACUGGGGAAAGCGUUUAGCGCAGGGGGUCCUUUAUACGUGCUGCAAUGGGACCCAACGCUAUACACUACAGGACUGCACACGAUCAGAGUUAAAGUGGAGGACUCUGCAGGUCGCUCAAAAGUGCGAGAGCAGCCAUUCACACUGGAGGAAGGCCUCACUCCUAGCUUCGGCUUCAUGCAGUCCUUCAUCCUCCUCACAGACCACUACAUACUGGCACGGAUUGGCUUUGUGGGCAUAGUUUUACUAAACCUUGCUGGGCUUGUGCUCUUCAGAUUUAUGCCUGUAUCUUCUAUAAGAGGAUUGUCCUCUCAAGAGUGGACAUCUCUGCAUCUUGUCAGUAAAAGCAACACGUUCUUCUAUCCUCUGCUGCUGUUCAACCUGUGUACAGCAUUAGGUCCAUGGUUCAUUGGCGAAGUCAUUGAUGGACACAAAGGAGCCUGCUUUGCUUUUGGCGUGUUUGUGGAUGGCCAUUUCCUUCAAGGCAGUCUUUCCUAUGUCGUGGGAGUCACACAGGUGCUCUUCUUCAAUAUGCCUCUCACUUAUUACCUCUGCUGGAGUCUUCAUCACAGGUCUCGCGGUACCAGCUUUCGCUCGCAUUUCUGCCGGCCAGGCAGACGCUGGAGGAAUCUGGCCAUGCACAUGGGCAUGCUGGUCCUCAUGAUUUGGCAGGCCUAUUCUUGCUACUUCCUGCUGGAGACCUAUGGGCUGCUGGCAUUCUUCCUCUCUCCCGUACGUACCUGGGCCCUGCUCAUGGGUCUGCUGUUGGUGUACAGGGCAUGGUGGGGAACACCACCUAACUUCUUCAGUGGCAGAAAGACCAAGCGGCCAUCAUGACGGUGACAGCUGAAGAGAGGCCUUCACCUGCAUCAUGUUUUAUGCCAAGCUCUUCCCUCCAUUCACAGCGGUCUUCACGAUAGAGAUAGAGGAUAGAGAAAAUAGUAUUCAGUUAAUAUAUAAUAAUAUCUUAAUGUUUCUGAAUGAAACUGCCAACGAUCAGUCAAUAUGGAUCCUCAAAUUGUUUUAAUGCAUAUAAACUACACCGUAAAGAAGGGAUUCUAUAAUUUUUUUACACCUGUAGACAAGGUAUAAUACGUGAAGGAUGAUUUAAGGGAUGAAGCCAGUCAUUAUGGGCUAUUAAUGAUUUUAUCUGCCAAUCUACCAAAGUAGUUCCAAAAGAAGCCAAAGCAUAAAGCUUUGCAUGUCACCAAGCAACACACAGAUUUAAACUGUGUAUGGAACGCUGCUCAGCCAAUCAGAUUAGACCAGGGGUGUCCAAUCCUGCUCUUGGAGGGCUAAUAUCAGUUUCCCUCAAGGGCUGUCACUGCCAAUUAUUUUAGUAGUCAGGUAUUCAGUCGAUUAUUCUGACGAUUAAUCGUGUAAUCGGAUUACUGUACUUCAUUUUUUUGUAGUAAAAAAUUAGCCCUAAGCGAACAAUAGCCUUUUAAAAUUACUUCAAAUGUAUAUACACUAGUCAACAUUUGAAGUGGAUCAAAAUAUUUAAAUCAAAGUUGUCCUUAAACCUAAAAGCAUAAUGCGUUCUUGUCUUAGGAAAACUUUGAACUUUUUUUAUCCACUUCAGAUGUUGACUACUGUGUAAUAGCAAUGAGGCAAUAAUAAUUAGUUCAAAUAAAGUAUCAAAAGCAAGUAAUCCUAUGGUUUUCUUGAACAAAACUGUUAAAAUGCAUAAUGUAUUAGAAACGAGCUAACGUACAUUACGCAUUAUAACAAAUGCCUGCAGAGGGCGCCACUCACAACAUUUAAUUCAAUGGUCCACUUAAUCUUUCAUUUUAGGCUGUUUCUUUAUGACAGUUUCUUGAAUACGUGUACAUCAAAUCUCAGAGCAAGGGUUUAAACUUUUAUUUUAAAUUGUGAUUGACAGUUAUCAUAUUGAGAAAGUAAUGUAUUCCCCAGUGUAUGUGCAAGUUUAUAAAUGAUUAUCCUUACAAAUCUGAUUCUGAUUCAACUGAAUCUGGUGCACAUUGCAUUCCCAGAUGAAUGUUAUGGUAAACUCAAACUCACAGCAAUAUGCGGAAAUGGAGUUUGAGAUGAUCCAUGCAUGGAAAUUAUAACAGUUUGUGUAGAGCAGCAUUUACUGCUAACUGAACCACUCUGACAUGCACUUACGUAACCUGUACGCAUGUUAAUAAAGCGCAUAUAUUUCAUUGAAUCAUAGCUUUGGGAAUUCACAGUAGCAUUAUGCUUUAUUAUAAUUUUAAAAUGGUUAUUAUUUAUGCAGCCUUGGUAAACGGUCUUAUAAUGCAUCUUGUCAGAUUACUCGACAAUGGCCAAAUGCAAUAGAGGAUUUUUAAAAACUGAGUACUCAAAUUAAAUGGAUGAAUUGUGACAGCCCUAUUUCCCUUCAACACACUUGUCUGGAAGUUUGUAGUGCGUUUGAAGACCCUGAUUACUAUGGUUCAGGUGUGUUAAAUUAGGGUGGGACCUAAACUCUGCAGGACAGAGGCACUCCAGGAACUGAAUUUGACACCCCUGGAUUAGACGAUCAGGACUCUAUAAUGACUAAAUGACUGUACAUUAUCGCACUUAUUACACCGCUACUUAACAAAAUAAAUAUUGAAUUUGAGCUCUUUUAAAUUUAUUGCAACAAGAAAUUGCCUUGAACAGGGUCCAAUUACAUGUUUUAGAAGUCAUUGUACAAAAUUACUUGACACAGAAUGCCAACACUGACAAGAAUAUGUCGGCAUUAAAGGGAUAGUUCACCCAAAAUUGACAUCAGUUACUCAAUUAAUUCCAUACGUGUAGGACUUUCGUUCAUCAUUCAUCAAAACACAAAUGAAGAUGUUUUAAGAGAAGCUCAACCACACAUGCUUGAUGCAUGAGAACAAACCAAACUUUUCCAAGCAGGAAAGGGACAGAAAUAUUUCAGUAAUCAUUAAAACAUCUUUAUUUGUGUUUCAAAGACUUUCAAGUGUUGUGUAUUAUGUUUUGAUAUCAUUUUGAACAACAACUAACUGAUUAUACAUAUUACAAAUGAUGAAACCACUAUAUUUAUCUAGAUGAGAAUGAAUGUAGAACAUUUUUGUUGCAUAGUCACAGUUAAUACACUUAAUAAUGUCCACUUCAACACAUGCUGAGGAUUAAAGCCAGACUUUUUGGACUGCUGAAGGGAACAUCCCAAUGCAGCACAUAAAAGAAGACACUGAACACAUGGAAAUAGUCAAAUGUGCACAACUCUGUCAAACGUUUAUUAGGGAAAUGUUGUGAAGCAGCUCUUUUAUAGUAGGUUUUUGACAGUUGCAGACCACACAAACACAAUGGCCAUCAGUUAGUUUGAAAAGCGGCUCUGGGUUGCCAUUGAGGUCUGCCUUUUUUGCCCUCAUAAUCCAGAAAGAGCUGUGACAAGAGUUUCUGGUGGAUUCACUGACAUUCCCGUUGUCUCUCAGGAAAGUAAAGACUUGAACAAUAGGCUGCUCUAGUUUGUCUUUCAAUGCCCUGAAUGUUUUUGUUUUUUUAAAGAGUUUUGUUGCCAUUUUAAGGCGCAUAACAGUGAGAACGAACCUUUUUAGAAGAUUCCACAUUUACUCUGUAUGUUAAUCUAGAUUUGUGGUGAACCAACAGGACUUUGAACGUUUGAUGAUGAAAUAUCUGCUAAUAUGUGAUUUGGUUUGAACUGCUGUAUAUCUUGUUUUAUUUUUAUGUUUUAGUAUGCAUCCACAUUGAUAUUGUAAUGUAUAUUCCUUCCAGCUGUUCUGCACUGUUUCAUGGGCAUUCUGGGUUUCUCUGGGUCACGUGGCUUUUGUAGUUCAUGCCGGAAAGUGCUGUUCACAUUUGUUUUGUGGAAGGCACAAAAUAGGUUCUUUUCAGUGAAUAAUGAAUACAUAUUUACUUGGAAUUGAAUCAGAAUUCUCUUUUAACAAUUUGCUUCACCACAAAAUACUGCCAAAAUAGAUUCUUUAUUCUGUUUUACACCUGACAAUGUUGCUUUCCAACAUGAAAUUACCUCAAUUUAUAUUUGCCAUGUUUCUGCAACUCUGAAUCAUCUUGUAUUGAGAUUUAUAUUGUUUUUUUAUGUACACCAAAUUAAAGGGGUUUCAUAUUGUGA